AUGUCGCUGACUCCCUCUAGCGCUGUGUACUACAAUCCAGCGAAAACUUUGGGCGGCAUGAUGGAGGCGGACCUCUACUGCACAUUCGGGCUGGCCUAUGCUUCCCUGAUCUGUCUUCUCGGCAUGGCCAUGUUCCGCUGGCUGGAGGAUCUGGCGACGGCAGGGCGUAUACUCGACGGGAACUCUUGGAUCGGUGACAUCGUUGCUGUCCUUUGGAUCGGUCUGUCAAUGGCGACGAUAUCGUGGCUCAAAGUGUACAUGGCAAGUCCAAGCUUCAACACAGCUUGCAGUAUGACUUGCAUUAUCCUCUUCGUUGUCAUCAUCAAAGAGGGCGGCUUCGAGACCCUCCUCCAGGUCGCCUUCAUCAUCUUCUCCGGCUCCCUCAUCUCCAACCUUGUCUGUUUUUUCAUCUGGCCCGUCACCGCCGCCUCCAACCUUCAGACCAACAUGACCAAAACCCUCGACUCCUUCUCGACCCUCCUCACCAUGCUCACGCACACCUUCCUGCUCGAGCCGCUCCCUGGCGAGGGCGACAAAGGCUGGGUGCGCCCAGAGAAGAUCCAGCGCGCGGUGGAUGCGCACCAGAGCAGUUUCACGAGCCUGAAGAAGGCGCUGAGUGAGCGGAAGAGCGAGCGGACGUUCGUGCUGGGGAAGUCAGCGAGGGAGCUGAGUGCGGCGUAUGAGGAUGCAGUGGCUAGUCUGAAUCGACUGGCGCAACACCUGAAUGGCUUACGCGGCGGGACGCGGCUGCAGUAUGAUAUCACGCGGGCGGGGCUGAACUUGCAGCAGGGGCCGCAGCAUCAGGUGGAUAGCGAGGAGGAUGAGGAGAUCGCGAUGCUGAAGGCUGCGGCGUCAAUGUUUGGGGACCUGGUGGACGAUCUGGGGCCGCCGCUCAAGAAGUUGUCGACCACUUGCACCGAAUCCCUCAGACGCCUUCGCGAGUCGUUCAUGCAAUCUCACCGGCACAUUCGCCCCGCGAACCGGCGACGAGACUCUUUCCACCAGCAGGAGUUUACCCAACUAGCGGAGGACAUCGAGAAGUCUCUCGGCCGCUUCGAGAGCACGUCUAACCAUGCCGUUUUGCGACUCUAUCGCCGGAGCGAUAUCUCGAUGACGACUCCACCGACUUUGGAAGACAUGAACAACAAGGACAACGUUGUCUUGACGGGAGCGGACAACACGAUCAACGAGCACGUGUUUCUGGUCUACUUCUUCAUCUUCACGCUUCAGGAAUUCGCGAAUGAGCUGGUCCUGCUUGUGGAUGCAAUGGAACGCAUAUACACCCUGGAACAGCAGCGCCUUUACCGCCCAGCGUGGUGGAAGCGGCUGUCCAACGUCAAGUCGUGGUGGAGGCGCCUUUCUUCAUGGAUCCAGCGAGAGCCUGACCGCCCCGGCCUGAAGCGCAGACUCUCCUCGUACUACAACGAACGCAAAGCCACCCGCCGGCAGCCCACCUUUCCCAAGGUCCGCCCCCACGCGCCCGACACCGUUCUGACCCCGCCUGCGCGAAGCCUCACUCUAUGGGGCCGCAUCAAGCAGCGCGUGUGGGCCUUCGGCGUGCGGCUGGCGCAGCGGGACACCAAGUACGCGUUCAAGGUGGGUAUGGGCGCAGGCAUCCUCGCGGCGCCUGCGUUCUUCGAUCGGACGAGGCCGCUGUUCUUGGCGUGGUACGGGGAUUGGGCGUUAAUUUCGUACUUCGUGGUGAUGUCGCCGACGAUUGGGGGUACGAACUAUUUGGGCUUUCAGCGGAUUGCGGGGACGAUCUUUGGCGCUGCCGUCGCCAUGGGCGUGUACACACUAUGCUCGGAGCACCCUGUCUGGCUCGCGCUUAUCGGCUUCCUGUUCUCGCUGCCAUGCUUCUGGUUCACGGUGGCGAAACCAAAAUACGUGCAGGCCUCGCGGUUCGUACUGCUCACGUAUAAUUUAACCUGUCUCUACUGCUACAACACCCGCGACAGACAUCCGUCGGUCGUUGACGUUGGCUUGCACCGUGCGAUGGCAGUGACUGGAGGUGUGAUCUGGGCGGGUGUCAUCUCGCGCCUCUGGUGGCCUUCGGAGGCACGCCGGGAGCUUUCGCAUGCGCUGGGAGAAUUCUGCUUGAACUUGGGCUGGUUGUACACCCGUCUCGUGGCAUCGAACUCCUUUUCACCUCAGCACCACCCGGAAGAAGAGAAUGGGCACGUUGACGAGACGACUUCGCUGCUGAGGUCGCCGCCACACCGGCUCAAUAGCUCGGUUCAGGAGUUCAUGGCCAUGGAACUACACCUGCAGAUCAAGCUCAUCGAGCUCCAGGGGCUGCUUGCCCAAACACAGCAUGAGCCGCGAUUGAAGGGUCCAUUCCCGGUGCUCAUGUACCGCGGCAUCCUGACGAGCUUGCAAGUCAUCCUGGAUCGCCUUCACAGUAUGCGAUGUGUGACAACGAGGGAGGAGUGGUAUACGAGCGUGCGCAAGGACUUCAUCAUCCCGGUCAACAAGGAGCGGCGGGAGAUGGUGGGAAACAUCAUCUUGGCGUUCUCCAUCCUGGCCGCCUCUUUCCGGUUAAAGGCACCUCUUCCACCUUUCUUGCCUCCAGCGGAGAAGGCAAGGCAGCGUUUGGUCGAUGCGAUCCGGAAGCUAGACGUAGUCAGAAAUCGGGACGUCAAGGGCUCGCGUCAGCUGCUCUUCUUCGCAUACGCGCUGACCAUGAAGGGCGUGACCGAGGAACUCGAUACCCUGGGCCACACGUUACAGAAGGCGUUCGGCGUCAUCGGGCAGAGUCCGGAAGAGUUCGAGGCUCUGUUUGUGGCACCGGAGGAGGGAAGGGGUGAGCAGGAGUUGCUCUAA